AUGGAAUCUGAACAAAUACCUGGUGUGCAUAGCUAUCUUUACCUACAUCCUGGUGAAAAUCCGGCUACAUCUCUUGUAUCCCCUGUUCUCGAUUCAACAAACUAUCACUCAUGGAGUAGAUCAUUCAUUACAGCGCUUAGUGCGAAGAACAAAGUUGAGUUUAUUGAUGGUGGUGCUCCACCUCCUCUCAAGACAGAUCCCCUUUAUUCGGCGUGGCGUCGAUGCAACAACAUGGUUGUGUCGUGGCUGGUGCAUUCUGUUUCUCCUUCAAUUCGUCAAAGCAUUCUCUGGAUGGAUCAAGCUGAUGACAUCUGGAAAGAUCUCAAAACGCGUUAUUCGCAAGGUGAUCUUCUACGCGUCUCUGAUUUGCAACUUGAAGCUUCUUCUCUCAAACAGGGUGAUUUGUCCGUGACGGAAUAUUUCACAAAGCUUCGCAUCCUAUGGGAUGAAUUAGAAAAUUUCAGACCUGAUCCUAAUUGUACCUGCACUAUCAAAUGUGCGUGUUCAGUUCUCACUAUUAUUGCUCAACGCAAACUCGAAGAUCAAGCUAUGCAGUUUCUUCGUGGAUUGAAUGAUCAAUAUAAUAAUGUGAAAUCUCAUGUUCUUCUCAUGGAACCUCCCAUCUCUAAGAUAUUCUCUUAUGUGGUACAGCAGGAACGCCAACUUCUGGGUCAGAAUUUCAUUGCUAAUGUGCAUCUUGAUCGAACCUCCUCGAUUAAUGCUGUUGCCUCACCCACCUGCACUCAUUGCAACCGAACUGGACACACUGAUGCCGUGUGUUUUCGUAAACAUGGUUUUCCCUCUACCACUAAUCGAAGCAAUAAAGGCUCCUCUAAUCGACCCCGACGUAUUUGCACUCAUUGUGGAAAAACUGGUCAUACCAUUGAGGUUUGCUAUCAGAAGCAUGGUUUCCCCCCUGGAUCUAAGCCUUUAUCAGAUAAAACUGCAAGUGUCAAUCACACAGUGACUGGUGAUUGCAAAGUCACUGAGAGUACUCAAUCCCUUGAAUCCCAAGAUGUUCGUUUCACCCCUCAGCAGUAUCAGGCUCUGCUUGCUUAA